GAGUGCUGCAUUGCUGUACCUCUGUCUCAGAUCGUCUUUAUUGAAGAGCAAGCAGCUGGGAUAGGAAAAAGUGCCAAAAUAGUAGUUCAUCUUCACCCUGCUUCUUCAAACAAAGAGCCUGGUCCAUUCCAAAGCAGCAAAUAUUCCUACAUCAAACUUUCUUUCAAAGAACAUGGGCAGAUUGAGUUCUAUAGACGACUGUCAGAAGAAAUCAUACAAAGGAGAUGGGAGAACAUGCCUACUGGUCAGACCAUUCAAGCUAACAAAGAUCCACAGGCAGGAAGAAUAAGGGCUGUAGGAAUUGUAGGGAUCGAAAGGAAAUUAGAGGAAAAAAGAAAAGAGACUGACAAAAACAUUUCCGAGGCUUUUGAGGAUCUUAGCAAACUAAUGGAGAAGGCUAAGGAAAUGGUGGAGUUAUCCAAGUCAAUAGCUAAUAAGAUUAAAGAAAAACAAGGUGACAUCACUGAGGAUGAGACUAUUAGGUUCAAGUCCUAUCUACUGAGUAUGGGGAUAGCUAAUCCAGUUACUCGGGAAACAUAUGGAUCUGGUACACAUUACCACAUGCAACUGGCGAAGCAACUAGCUGGAAUACUGCAGACACCAUUAGAGGAGCAAGGAGGGAUCAUGUCACUUACCGAAGUGUACUGUCUGGUAAAUCGUGCACGAGGAUUAGAGUUGCUGUCACCAGAAGAUUUAGUAAAUGCUUGUAAGAUGCUGGAGUCACUGAAGUUACCACUAAGGCUUCGGAUAUUUGAUAGUGGUGUGAUGGUGAUUGAACUCCAGUCUCAUAAUGAAGAGGAAAUGGUAGCUUCUGCUUUAGAGACAGUAUCUGAAAAGGGUUCUCUCACAGCUGACGAGUUUGCUAAGCUGGUGGGGAUGUCUGUUCUCUUAGCCAAAGAAAGGCUGCUUCUUGCUGAAAAGAUGGGCCAUCUUUGCAGAGAUGAUUCAGUGGAAGGCUUGAGAUUCUACCCAAAUCUCUUUCUGACACAAAGCUAAUGUAGUUUGUGUACAAUUUGUUAUGUAACAGCUGAACAAGAGAUCAGAGGGCAGAACCCCUCCAACAACUGACUUUAAAAUUUUUAUUUUGUUAGUCAAUCGCAACAGUGAUGAACAUUGCAAUGCUUUACAGUUCUCAGGUAUUUCAAGUGCUGAAUCCUCUUAUGUGGAACUGAAAGGAAAUAGGAAUCACUAAGUCAGAAGC